AUGCCACGUCUUGGAUGCGAUACUCGUAUACAAAAACCAUCAAUAGAUAUUGCUGAUCGAGUAUUUGAUCUACGAAAUCGUGUUGCAUGGCUCAAAAAUGUCGAAUAUUGUUUAUUGGGUGAUCAAACAGAUCGAUUGACUAAUACUAAAACUGAACGAUAUAAUACAGAAUUAUUCAAUAAUGAUUUAAGAAAAAAAUUAAUUAUUCCUUCAGAAAAGGAAGGAAUGGAUAGCAUACACAAUAAACGAAAUCGAGCAAUGCAGCAACAUAACGAACUUUUAUUUAUUCAAAAAUAUUUAGUUAAUCGUCUUGAAUCUUUACAUGAUCAAUCACGUUAUGAGGAAAAUGAUAAUAAAUUACUCUCAAUACCCAUCAAACAGAUUCAAGAUACUAAAAUUGUUACAAGUCGUAUUCGUGAAAAGCAAGAUCGACUAAAAAGUGUAAAAUUAAUUAAUAAAACAUUAAAUCUUUGUAAACAAUAUUUACAAUGUGAUUUAGAUUUACUUCGAAAAGAAUUACCAAAUGUACACAAAGAUAUUGGACACAAAUUUCAUCAAAGAAUGCUUCUUAAAAAAGAAUUUACAGAUAUUGUUGCUGAAAAUAAACGACGUUUAAACGUUUAUCAACAGUUAUUAGAUCAUACUGAAGCUCAAAGCCGACAACGACGUGCUAUACAUGAACAAGCGAUGGUUUCCGUCAGUGAACAAUUAGAAGAUCAAUAUCAAGUACAGAUGAUGGCUGUAAAUGAAAUGACAACUUCAUUUGAAUCAUCACGAAAAUUUAAUGGUGAUACUGAUCCAAUAAAAAAUUUACAACAAAAAAAAUUAACUAUAAUGAAUAAUGAUGAAAUUGUUCAAGUUCGUUGUAUGUAUGAUCAAUUUUAUAAUAUAAUUAUGGCUGGAUUUCCAAUUGAUAUUUCUAAUGCAGAACAAUUAAAAACAGUUACCAAUGACGUAUCUACUAAAAUUAUUGCUAUGUUAACAAUGACAAAUCGAAUGAUGGAAGAAAAAGAACAACUUAAUCAACAAAUAAAUCGAAUGGAUAAACUUUUAAAAUUAAUAGAAAUGUCUAUGAAUCUUAAAAAUGAUACUCGUCAUAAAAUUUUAAAUACAAUGAUUGAACAACGACAAAAUUUAGAAUUAUUCUAUAUAAAUGAUACAGUUGAAGAACAAAAUCGUAUUUUACGUCAAAUUAAUGAUUUUAUUUUAGUCUUAUUUAAAGCUCUUUGUGAACAUAUUGGUACACAGUUUACUAUCGAACCAUCAAUUGAUUUUAUUGAACGUCUUCAAUAUGUAUUUGAUUUAGUAAUAAAAACUAUCAAAACUAUUACUAUGGAAUCAAUUGAUGAAAAUGAUCAUCAAAUAUCUCCUAUUAUUCGACAUAAUGACGGUGAAGAAAAUACUCAACAAAAUUCUGAAAAUUUAAAAGAAUCACGUUCAUUUGAUCGAUCAAUAACAUCAAGUAUAACAUCAUUAUCGUCACGUAUAAAACGAAAUUCAAUAAAAGAAAAUAUUUAUUGA